AUACAUAUACACACUCGUACUCACGUCGUGUAUACAUAUCUGCGCAGCCGUGCGUUAGUGUGUGCAAAAUUCAAGUUCAAUUAUUAAAAAGCAAUAAUAAAAUUCAAAAGCUUAAUGUGAAGCAGCGAAAAAUAACGGAAAAUAUAGAAAAAGAUUUUAAAAUACAGUAACAUCAGCAACAACAACUACCAGAACAGCAAUAGGAACAACAACUUCAACAACGAAAUAAACGCAACAACAAACAACGACGACCUUAGCACAUUUUAAUAUUAUAAAGGGAACAUAACUGAAAAAUCGUAUUAUCUUUUUCAACUAAAACGAACUGCAUUUUUCGACCAAAAUUGUCCAGAUUUUGGCCAAAACGAAUUGAGUGUCUUUUGAAAUUUCUACACCUUAUAUAGUAAGCACCAACAGUAGUUGCUGUAACAGACGCAACCAACGAGAAGAACGACGACGACGCGGACGACAGAAAGUGUUUGACCAAAAUGUCCACAUUGUCGCUGCGCAUACAACUGGAAGGGGGUCGAGUUACGAAGACCAUACAAUUUCAGCCCAAUACAACAGUCUUCGAUGCCUGCAAAAUCAUACGGGACAAAUUCGCCGAGGCAGUGCAGGGACAACCCAGCGAAUAUGGUCUGUUUAUUUCGGAUGAGCAGAACCAGCAGGGCGUCUGGCUAGAGGCCGGACGUUCCUUGGGCUAUUAUAUACUCCACAAUGGCGACACAUUGGAGUAUCGACGCAAGCUGCGCACAUUGCGAGUGCGAAUGUUGGAUGGCGCAGUGAAGACCAUUCUGGUAGAUGACUCCCAGCCGGUGGUGCAACUUAUGGUGGUCAUAUGCACCAAAAUCGGCAUUACCAACCACGAGGAGUAUGGGUUGGUGCGUGAGGAUACCGAAGCGCAGAAUGAAAACUUGCCGGAUAAUAAAUUUGGCACGCUUACCUUAAAGCGGAAGUUCACCGAAAAGGAGCGUGACGCCAAAAUGGAGAGUUUGCGGAAGAAAUUGAAGACGGACGAUGAGAUGAACUGGGUGGAUGUGAGUCGCACGUUGCGGGAACAGGGCAUCGAUGAAUCGGAGACUGUGUUGCUGCGGCGGCGCUUCUUCUUCUCAGAUCAAAACAUUGAUUCGCGAGAUCCCGUGCAAUUGAAUUUAUUGUAUGUACAGGCUCGAGAUGCCAUUCUAGACGGCACACAUCCAGUUACCCAGGAGAAAGCCUGCGAAUUCGCUGGCAUACAGGUGCACAUACAAUUCGGACCACACAACGAGGCCAAACAUAAGCCUGGCUUUCUAGACUUGAAGGAUUUUCUGCCGCAGUCUUAUGUGCGCGUCAAGAGCAUUGAGAAGAAAGUCUUUGCCGAGCAUAAAAAGCAUGUCGAUCUAUCUGAAAUCGAUGCCAAAGUCCUGUAUACCAAGACAGCACGCGAGCUGCCGACCUAUGGCGUUACCUUCUUUCUGGUGAAGGAGAAAAUGAACGGAAAGAACAAAUUGGUGCCACGUCUAUUGGGUGUGACUAAAGACUCGGUGUUGCGUCUCGAUGAACGCACCAAAGAGAUUUUAGUCUCUUGGCCCCUGACGACAGUGCGUCGUUGGGGCGCCUCCCCCAAUACAUUCACCCUAGAUUUUGGCGAUUAUGCCAAUCAAUAUUAUUCGGUGCAAACAACAGAAGCGGAACAAAUAGUACAGCUUAUUGCUGGAUAUAUUGAUAUUAUUUUGAAGAAGAAACAGACAAAGGAUCAUUUCGGCAUUGAGGGAGAUGAGGGUUCUACGAUGGUAGAGGAAUCAGUGGCGCCUUCCAAAGCAACCUUUUUACAACACGAAACCAAUCGCGUGGAGAAGUUGAAUUUGGAAUCGUUGGCCCAUCCAGGCGUUAUGCGUCCCUAUGACGGCGAGCGCACCUUCACGCAGAACGAAGUCCAGACGGUGCAAUAUGGCGCCUUUGUGGGUCAAGUCAAUCAUGCGCAUCAGCCGCCAACGACUAAGGAGGUUCGCAUUAGUUCUGUGAAUCUGACGGAACCGCAACGCGCUCUGCUCGGCUAUAUUUCGGCUGGCCAAGAUGUCUUGUUACGCGCCGACGAGGAGCUGCGCACAAAGGCACCUAUUCAAGAGCUGGGAAGUGACUUGCGUUCGAUUGAGUGGCGCGAGAAUACACUGGACACGUCUAAACAGGCGGUUACCUCCCAUGUGGCUACAAUGAGUGCUGCCACAGCCCAAAUCAUUACUGCUUCGCAUCCUGAUGAGGUUGAUACGGAGGCCAUUUCGGCAUCGGUUUCGCAAAUUGCCCAAACCAUACCCGAAGUGACAAAGGAGGUGCGUCUGAUUGCUGCCCUCAUGGAGGAUGACACCAACGGGGACAAGUUGCUGGAGGCAGCGCGUAAUCUUUGCAAUGCUUUUAGUGAUCUGCUAAAGGCCGCCGAACCGGAAAGCAAGGAACCACCGCAGAACCUAAUAAAUGCGGCGAACCGUGUGGGCGAGGCAACAACGCAUGUUCUCAGCACCAUUGCCGAGGAGGAGGUUCCGGAGAACCGGGACUUGCACGACAUGCUUUUGGCUCUGGCCAAGGCAGUGGCCAAUACGACGGCGGCUUUGGUGCUGCGAGCCAAGCACAUUGCAGCCAGUUGCGAGGAUGAGGAGGCACGCAAUCGUGUGAUCGGCGCGGCUAGUCAGUGCGCUUUGGCCACCAGCCAGUUGGUAGCCUGCGCCAAAGUGGUGGCACCCACGCUUCAUAAUGCCGCUUGUCGGGAGCAGCUCGAAGCUGCGGCACGCAAUGUAGCACGAGCGGUGAAUGCGCUCUGCGAAGUGUGCAACGAGGCCACCAACGAUCCCAAGCUAAAGGAUGAUCUUAUUAAUGCCGCACGUGAUGUCUCGAAGAGUCUGCAGGACAUGCUAGAGCACGUGAAGCUGAGCUCUCGCGAAUAUGCGAAUCGCACUAGUCAAGAGCUGAGUCCCGUCGAGAAUGUCAUAAUUGGCACAGACAUAUUGGUCUCAUCCAACGAUCCCCAAGAAAUGGUGCGUCACGCUCGCACUUUGGGACAAACAACGGCCCAAUUGAUUCAAAGCAUCAAAGGUGAAGCGGAUCAGCAGCAGGAUGCAGACAUGCAGAGGCGUUUGUUGUCUGCGGCCAAGCAAUUGGCCGAUGCCACUGCCAGAUUGGUCGAGGCAGCGCGUCUAUGCUCCAGUAAUCCGCAUGAUAGUGACAACCAGAAUGCCCUGCGUCGCGCGGCCGAGGAAUUGCGUGAGAUCACGACAACCACCGCCAACACGCCGGCCAUGAAGCGCAAUUUGAUUCAGCGUCUGGAAUACUGUUCCAAGCAGGCUGCCUCAGCGGCCACGCAAUGCAUAUCGGCGGCACAAAAUGCCGUGCAGCACAGCGACGAUCACCAGACUAAGGAGAGUCUACUGCAGGAUUGCAAGGGUGUAGCAGACACAAUUCCGAGAUUGGUUACCUCUGUGAAAACCACACGGGCCCAACCCGAUGAUGCCAAUGCCCAAUUGAAUUUAAUUGAGGCGGCCGAGCAGUUUAUUAUGCCGGCCCUGCAAGUGUCCAAAUCGUCGCGGGCUCUGCAACCCACUGUGACGGAUAUACCGUCGGCAGCGCAACUGUCCAAGAGCGCUCUCUACUUGGGUCAGACCGUAUCGGAGCUCCAUUCGGUGGCACAGCGGGCUCGCGAUGCCUGUGGCGGUCAGGAGCUGGAGUCCGCACUAGAGGCCGUCCGCAAUCUGCACAAUGUGCUCGAUGAUACGCGUAACGCGGCCCAGACGGGCAACCUACGUCCGUUGCCGGGCGAGACAGUGGAGAACACAGCUAAUGAGCUGCGCAGGUCGGCCAAGAAUGUUGGUAUCGCUCUUAGACAGCUGCUCUCAUCGGUGAUGCACGGACAGCGCAAUUACGUGGGAGUUGGAGGACGGGAUACAGCGCUGGCGCUCGGCGACUUUACCAAGAGCGUGCAUGGGGUGGCGGCGACAACACAAAACCCGGCCAUCAUUGAUUGCGCUGAUGAUGUAGUAACCAUAUCGGCCCAUCUUAUCGAGGAGGCUCAGCGCACGCUGCACAAUGCGGGCGAUCGUAAUGCGCUCAUUCAGGCCGGUCGCGAUGUCACUAACGCGCUGUCGCGCACCGUAGACUGCAUUCCCGGUCAACGGGAGGUGGACGUCGCUUUGCGUAAUGUGAGCGAUCUCAGCGAGAUUUUGUCUAUGAGCGAAUUCCCGCCAUCGACGCGCACCUACAAAAUCCUGCAGUCGGAGCUGAAACAAGUUGCCGAGGAUUUGAGUAUAGCUGGCGGCCAGAUUGUACAGUCUUAUGCCAGUCCCGCCCAGCUGGCCGAAACCAGCCAGCAUUUUGGGGCAAACUACCGUGAUUUGUUGUCGGUGUCGAUGGAAAUGGCAGGCCAGACCCAGGACGAAGUCGUGCGAUCGCAAAUGAUUGAAUGUCUACGCAAUCUGUCCACACAAUCGUGCUCGCUUCUUUCCACAGCCAAGUCUGUUGCCGCCGAUCCGGGCCAACCCAAUGCCAAGAAUCUGUUGCACGCUGCCGCCCGUAGUGUAACGGAAAGUAUUAAUCAGUUGGUUGAUGCCAGCAUCCAAUCGGCGCCGGGACAGAAGGAAUGCGACAAUGCUAUACGCAACAUGGACGCAUUGCGUGUUAUGAUCGACUAUCCGCAUGAGCCAAUCAACGAGCAGGGCUACUUCGAUUGUGUGGAGAAUGCAACGGCCAAGUCAAGGAAUCUGGGCUAUUCCAUAUCUGAGAUGAUUAACAAUGCCAAGCAGUCGAAUCAUGUUGAGUUUAGCAAGUCCGUGAACAAUGUGGACGAGUCAAUCCAGGGACUAAUCGAGUCAUCAUCGCAGGCAGCCUAUCUCAUUGGUGUCUCGCAUCCCAGCAGUGUGGCCGGUCGUCCCGGCAUCAUUGAUCAGGCCCAAUUAACUUGGGCAUAUCAGGGCAUAAGUCAGCACUGUGACAUCGUGAGCAGCCCACAGUCCACCAAGCCGCAAAUGAUCUCGGCCCUGACUGUCAUUGCCAAGCACACUAGCUAUUUGUGUUCCAUUUGCCGUCAGGCUAGUAUGAAUACCAAUAAUCCGGUGGCCAAGAACGAAUUCAUUGUGCUGGCCAAGCAGGUCGCUACAGCCACUUCGGAUCUAGUGCAGGACAUCAAGGCCAUUGAGGAGACUCAGGAAACCACAAAUCGGGAGCGACUUGUGGAGCCUCUGCUAGAUGCUGUCAAGGCCGUGCGCCAGUAUGCCUCAAGUCCGGAGUUUAUUUCCAUACCUGCCAAGAUUUCGGCGGAGGGUCGCAAGGCCCAGGAGCCUGUCAUAAACGCUGGACGUGGCGUCAUCGAUGGUGUUGUGGAAAUGGUGAAGGCAGCCAAAUCGUUAGCUCUUUCCCCAGACAAUCCGCCCGUUUGGCAGCAAUUGUCCAUGCACUCUACCCCCGUGUCGGAGUCCGUGAAGCGUUUGGUCGAUAACAUUCGCGAUAAAGCCCCGGGGCAGGCUCAAUGCGAGCAGGUCCUACACACCCUGGGCACCUGCACACGAGAGCUGGACAGCUGUGCGCUUGCCGUUAGCGCCCAGGGUCUGAGUCAACGGCGGGACAACAACCUGCAUGGCUUUAGUGGCCAGACUCUGAACUCCGCUGCCGAGCUGAUUGACAAACUGGAACCCAUACGCAUGGCGGGCAAGAACAAUGCCGAGCAAUUGGGCCAUGCCGUCGGCGAAAUCUCACGCUACAUUGUGCCGAUGGUGAAUGGAGCCAUCGGAGCUUGCACUCACAUUGUGCACACCAAUCAGCAGAUGUCGCUGAUCAAUCAGACCAAGUCGGUGGUGGAGAGUGCCAUCACAUUGGUGCAAGCGGCCAAGGACUCGGCUGGGAAUCCACGCGCCACUCACGCCCAUCCGCGUCUGGACGACGCCAUUGAUAGCACUGGCGAGGCGAUUCGGGAGUUGCAGCAAACUGUUGAGAAAAUCAAUGCCGAGACUGGCGUACUUACGAGCCUUAUGGAGCAGGUUAAUCGUGCCAUAACACGCCUUACGGACAAACGCCAAUCGCUGCUCAGUGCCUCAUACUCUGACUCAUUUGUCACCUAUCAGACCCGCAUGGUGCAGACGGCGAAGGAGAUUGCACGUCUGGCCAAUGAGAUCAAUGCGAAGAGCAGUGUGGAGCCGCAACUGCUGCCUCAGCUGGCGGUGGACAUGGCCCAGCAUUAUCAGCAGCUCACACAGGACUCUGUGGGUGCUUCCACGACCACCACAUCCCCCGAUGUGGCCAUGAGGAUUCGCAGCACAGUCAUCGACUUGGGUCGCUCCGUUAGCUCGAUGAUUUCCUCAUCAGCAGGAGGCGCGCGUCCCAACGAUGUGAGCACCCAAAAAGAAAUCUCGCGCAACGCGCGCGAUGUCUCUGAGAAGGUGGCCCAAGUACUCGCUGCUCUUCAGGCCGGUUCCAGAGGCACCCAGGCCUGCAUUAAUGCUGCCCACACGGUGUCGGGCAUUAUUGGAGAUCUGGAUACCACCAUUAUGUUCGCUACUGCGGGCACUUUGCACUCCGAUGGAGAUGGCAGCUUUGCCGAUCAUCGCGAGCACAUUCUACAAACAGCAAAAGCAUUGGUGGAGGACACCAAGGUAUUGGUUACAGGCGCCGCUGGCACGCAGGAUCAGCUCGCUACAGCCGCACAGAAUGCAGUGUCCACUAUAACACAAUUGGCAGAGGCCGUUAAACGUGGCGCCUGCUCUCUGGGCUCUUCACAGCCCGAUUCACAGGUUAUGGUCAUCAAUGCUGUUAAGGAUGUCGCCUCGGCUUUGGGCGAUCUAAUAAACUGCACCAAGCUCGCUUCGGGCAAGCCUAUUCAUGAUCCAUCCAUGCAAGAUCUGAAAGAGAGUGCUAGGGUUAUGGUGCUGAAUGUCUCCUCGCUGCUAAAGACUGUCAAGGCUGUUGAGGAUGAACAUACACGGGGAACACGGGCCAUGGAGGCCACUGUGGAGGCCAUAUCACAGGAAAUACGGGCCAUGCACACCCCACCACCAGUGGGUAGCCCCCAGGUCGGCCCCGAGGAUCUUAUACGCGUUACCAUGAAUGUGACAGCAGCUACGGCGAAGGCUGUGGCCGCUGGUGCCUCAAAUUUGCAGACAGACAUUGUGGCUGCUGCCAAUUUGGGACGUCGUGCCAUUUCGGAUAUGCUGAUUGUGUGCCGUUCCGUAGCUUGGAACUGUGCCGAGACCGAGGAGUUGCGGUCACGUACUCUCGAAGCCGGCACCGCUGUGGGCGAGUCAUAUCGGGACCUCUUGAAUGGCAUUCUGCAUAAUUGCAGUGCCGAUGAUCGCAUGCAUUUGUCGCGUCGAGUGGCGAAAUGUGUGACCGAUUUAGUAGCUAUGGCCCGACUUCUAAAGGGCUCCGAUUGGAUAGAUCCCGAGGAUCCUACGGUUAUAGCCGAGAAUGAGCUGUUGGGUGCAGCGGCUUCGAUUGAUGCGGCUGCCAAGAAACUGGCCUCGCUGAGACCGCGUCGACAGGCCGAUGUGAAGAUCGAACUGGAUGAGAACAUGAAGUUCGAUGAAAUGAUAUUGGAGGCUGCCAAGGGAAUUAUGGCCGCAUCGGCCGCUUUGGUGCGCGCCGCGAAUGCCGCACAACGUGAACUGAUCGAUCAGGGCAAGGUGGCUCGUCGGCCACUCACUUCCUCCGAUGAUGGACAAUGGUCUGAGGGCCUAAUAUCGGCCGCACGUCUAGUGGCUGCAGCCACGCACAGCCUGGUGGAGGCGGCACAGAAUCUGGUGCGUGGUGCCGGCACUGAGGAAAUGCUCAUUUCGACGGCCAAGCAGGUGGCCGCCUCAACGGCCCAACUGCUGAUUGCCUGCAAGGUGAAGUCGAAUCCCAACUCCGAGGCUGGUCGACGUCUGCAAGCGGCUGGCAAUGCUGUCAUCAAAUCCACCGACAAUCUGGUCCACGCCGCCCAACAGGGUCUUGAGGCGGAGGAGGAACACUCCUUGAAGAUCAACACAUCGAUGGUGGAUGGCAUGGCCCAAGAAAUUAAUGCCCGAUCCGCUGUGCUGCGCAAGGAGAAAGAGUUGGAGGAGGCACGCCAACGUCUCAAGCACGUCCGUCAGGCCCAACGUUAUGCGAAAAACGCUCAGGGAUUCACCACCGAUGAGAGCGAUACGGAAUAUGCUUACGGAACGGUCAACAAGAGCCAGAACAAUACACUAAAUCGAAGCGGUUACUACGGGCAUUCCGGCGAGAUUCCCAGCUCGCCAAGCCACAACACCCAACAGUCGCCACUGGUUCAGUCGCAGAAACGUCACUACAACUAUCCACCUCCGCAGCAUUUCCACCAUCCUGGCGCCGUUUCCCCACCACCCGCCAAUUAUGUCGAGGAGACAAAUGGAGAUUUUCCGCCGCCACCACCGCCACUGUCCCAAACCAUUUCUAACAUGCAAACCGCCACAUCGCAUAGUUUCCGUUCUAAUCCCAAGCUAACAGCCAAUGCGGUGCCACGCCCAUAUCCCGGUAGUCCGGGGGCGGGCAGUGGCUCUCUGCUUGGCACUAACGGUCUGGCCACCAUCUCAACAAGCACCACCACAACACCACCACCAGCAACAACAACAAACAGUAGUAGAUUAUCACAGCCCAGCACACCGACUAAAGCCAACAACAACUACCAGCAUAGCUUUGAGUCGUCCACCAUUAAAACAAACGACUCCCAAUUUUUACCGCCGUAUUCUGUGCCGCACAUUUCGCCGUUAGUGCAGAAACCCAACUUGGCGGAAUGCGUUCAGGAUUUACACGACAAGACUUUCGGACAAGGCGGCGUCGUUCAGUUAACCGGCGGCAGUACCUAUCCUGGCCAAAACUACGAGGGCUACACAUCAAGUAGAUACGAAACGCGCAACUUUGACAAGGCAAAUGACAGCAUUAGCAGCGACCAAGGCACGAUUAAGCCACUCGAGACAAACUUCUCGCAGAUGACACUCAAUACGGAUGGCGGCAAAAUCAGCAUUGUGGAUCAGGGAUCGGAGCGGCUCACAUCGAUGACACAGCGUGUUAUGGAGCGGAAAUCAUUUACGACAACGACAGAAUCGCGAUCCGAGACAAAAACGGAAAAGCAUAGUUUUCGCUUGGAAUGAGGAGGAGAGUGAUGGUUUUAGAUUUAAGUGAACGCUUGCUUAUGGCGCUGACUGUUUAUUUGAUUGCCCGAUGCUUUAAUGCCUCCACUAACUAAAUGGAAAAAGCAAAAGCAGCCAUCUAGCCAGCUUGAUGACGUUGAUAAUGUUUGCCAAAAGUGCUUUUAACAAACAUACUAAUAGAAAUAAUUUAAUCUUAAAUAUUUUAAUUAGCCACUAGCUAAACUACAUAUAUAGUAUACCGAUACGCUAAAUAUACAUACAUACACUAACAUUAACCCAAUAAUCUAAUCGUCUGUAAACUUUUUGAUGCAUAUUUACAAAAGUGUUUUUGAUACUACACAUAUUGUAUACCAGUUUCUAUAAUUUUGUACCACAACAAUACUAUCUACGACCUAUUUGCUGUGGUAUACCACCACCAUAUUCUGCCAACUUAUUGCCAAUUAUACGAAUACUAAAUAUGUGUAAUAUCGUCGCUUACAACCAACGUACUAUUUGCAUGACCAUAUUUAAACAAUAUAUAAAUACUAACCCAAUCAAACAAACCUAAGCAAAGUCAGGUAAAUUUUCUUUAACAAAUACACUUUCUUGGUUCUUUAAUUGUUGUUAUAAUAGAUCAAUGCAAUUCAUUACUGUGCACUAAAACGAUAGUAACAAAAACAAAAAAAAAGUUUAUAUUAAUUAAUUGUAUGCCAACACUUUGUUGUUUACAUAACACUUAGCGUUAUAAUUAAGUUCUAAUUGUAAUUUUUAAAUGCCCGCAUUCAGUUUAAACUUCGUUCUUUGUGUGUCAAAAGCAAAUGAGAUUUCUUUGCGUUGUAAUAAUUAUUUUAUUUGUCUGCUGUCUUUUGUAUAUACGUCCUGUGUAUACAUAUAUACAUACAUAAUUGUAUAUGUUUAAUUAUGUAUUUUUUGUAAAUUAAUAAAAUAUUUUAACAAA